AUGGGAGCUAUUCACAAGUUGGAUGCAGCAGUCAUCAACAAGAUUGCGGCUGGUGAGAUCAUCAUCCAGCCUGCCAAUGCGCUCAAGGAGAUGUUGGAAAACUCGAUCGACGCCGAAGCCUCCAUGAUCGAUGUGGUGGUUAAGGACGGCGGCCUCAAGUUGCUCCAGAUCACCGAUAACGGGAGUGGCAUCAACAAGGAAGACUUGGGGUUGCUCUGCGAGAGGUUUGCUACCUCCAAGUUGGCCAAAUUUGAGGACUUGGAGUCCAUUGCCACCUAUGGCUUUCGUGGUGAGGCCCUAGCCAGUAUUCUGCACAUCUCACGGGUUUCUGUCAUCACCAAGACCAAAGAUACCCAGUUGGCAUACAAGGCGUUCUACACGGGCGGAAAGAUGGUGGGGCCCAACUUCAAGGCGCUGGCACCAGUGGAGCCCAAACCCAUCGCAGGAAAGGACGGGACCCAGAUCAUCGUGGAGGAUUUGUUUUACAACCUCCCCUCCAGAGCCAAGUCGUUGAAGUCCAAGUCAGAGGAGUACUCCAAGAUUGUGGACGUCAUAGGCAGAUACGCCAUCCAUUCUGCUGGGGUCGGAAUCACCUGCAAAAAGUUUGGCGACUCCAAUCAUGUGAUAGCCACACGGCCAAACCUCCCCAUCAAGGAACGGAUCAGAAGCAUUUUCGGCACUGAUGUGGCCAGCGAGCUCAUCGAAUUUGAUGUAGAAGCUAACGAGGCCUUGGGUUUGGUGAAGGCUAACGGCGCAAUCACUUCCCCCAACUAUGGCAGCAAAAAGAAGGCACAACCGGUAUUCUUCAUAAACCAUCGUUUGGUAACCUGCGAUCCACUAAAACGGGCUAUCAAUUCUGCAUACCAAAUAUUUUUACCCAAAGGAAAUCACCCAUUUGUGUAUCUUAGCUUGGAAAUCAACCCGAAAAAUGUGGACGUAAAUAUCCACCCUACAAAGAGAGAAGUUAGAUUCCUACACGAAGAAGAAAUCAUUGAACAUAUAAGCGGGGCAAUCCAUACGAAAUUAUCGGAUGUGGAUACCUCAAGAAAAUUCAAAACUCAAACGCUUCUAGGGUAUGCCGAAAAGAAAAAGAAUGACGACUAUGAAUUAAUGACAGGAUUAAAGAAAGCAAGACAAGAGAACAAGCUUGUACGGGUAGAUCCCCUGCAAAUAAAAAUCAGUUCAUACCUCUCACAACAAUCCAAAGGAAAUUACAUUAGUCAAGUAAACAAGGAAUUGAGAAGCGAGACCAGCUCUGUGAUCGAAGAUAAAUCUAUAGAAGAAGAUGAUGUUCCACACGAAGUCAUUAAUAAUGAGGAAACUAUUGAGCAUAUAGAAAAUAAGCUUGAAAGUGAACCGGGAAGUCCAGAUGAGUCCCAAAUCACCAUCACCGACCACCCCAGGGUCAAGGUGAAUUUGGACAGUAUCAAAGAACUCCAGAAAGAGUUGAGUGAUGAAGUUCACAAGCCGUUGACGAACAUCUUCAACAACGCUGUCUACGUGGGAGUUGUUGACGAAAAGAGAAGGCUCUGCUGUUUCCAAUACGACGUGCAGUUGUACCUCUGCGAUUACGCCUCGACAUUGCUUGAGUUUUACUACCAGGUGGCACUAGAGGAAUUUUGCAACUACGGCACCAUCGAGUUGUCGGAGCCCGUUCUGCUCGACGAGUUGAUGGAGCCUUUGCAGUCGAUGGACGUGCAGCCAAGGCAGGUGGUGUACGAAAAGCUUGAAUCCAUGCUGGAUAUGCUUCAGGAAUACUUUCACAUCACCAUCAAAAGGCAUGCGACCGGGUUGAAGUUGCACACCCUUCCCAUGCUUCACAAGCAUAUCCGGCCUGUGCUCUCGAAGUUGCCCUACUUCAUCUACAGAUUGGCCAUCCGGGUCAACUACGACGAGGAGAAAGCCUGCUUGCACGACGUCAUGCGCCAGAUAGCCCUUCUAUACCUUCCCGAGCCUAUCGAAUCCGAACUUCCACCAUCAUCGUCGUCGCAACCAGUCCGCGAAUCGUCGGCUGGGUCGAAAAAAGCCCACUUGGAAGAUCUCUUGGAGCACGUCUUGUUCCCGUUGAUGAAGCAGCGGUUCCUCGCCACCAAGGCAUUGCUCAAUGACGUUAUCCAGAUUGCAGAUUUACCUGGACUCUACAAGGUGUUUGAGCGCUGCUAA